AUGCAUUUGCCCCUUCCUUACAAGACCAUUGAAGACUCCUACAGAGAAAGCCUCGCUGUCCGCGAGGCAAAACUGCAGCAGCUGCAAGAGUCCAUUGCUGCGGCUAUUUCCGCCGGAGCUGUUUCUGAAGUGUCUCCUUUUGUGCCAACGAGCUUCCUGUCUUUGGGAGAGACAAAAAAAGAAACAAAAAAAGAAAUUAAUUUUUUCUUCAAAUCAAUUGGAGACACUUUUGCUGCUGCGGCCUUUUGGAAGUCUCCGCUCCCCGAGCUUUCCUUCGUCGCGGUAGAGCCUUCAGGCCAAGUCACAGGCCUCAUUUGGAUUAGUGAAAAACCCAAAAAUGGAAAAGUGGAAAAUAUUGAAAUGCGAUUUAAAGAGCUCGGCGACGGCGUGAACUACUUGGGUUUGUUCUGGCGUUUGCUGAGCGGGGCCUCCGCGCUGUCGAGUUUGUCGGUGGUUUCUUUUUCUUUCUUUUGCAACUCCAUUUCGGAUUUAAUUUACACUUACAAACUCGGACUCCGCCCCACACAUUUCUUUCGAAUUCCCAAAAAGCCCCAAAACUCCCAAGUCCCUUUCAAGUACAGUUCCGAGGCCCCUUUGCCCUGGGCCCCCAACGAGGAGCUCAUCCUCACCCUCAAGAGCAGACUCCUCGACAGACAACUUGCCCAUGAAGAAAAAAGACUUGAACUUCUCCGCAAACAACUCACAGGGGCCCCCAGAGAGGACUUGGGGGCCCCCGGGGCCCCCAAGGUUCCUGGGGCCCCGAAGGCCCCUGGGGCCCCCGGGGCCCCCACAUUAGGAAGUUUGGAGUCCGGGGGCCCCCCCCCCUCGCUGCCAGCAGCUUGGGGGCCCCCCGCGUCUCAGGAGUACCCUGCUGCUGAGGUGGGGAGGGUUGAGGGGGGGCCCCCCGGGGCGGCCGCGCUGUUGGGGGCCGCCUCUGGGGGCCCCUUUUCGUGGGGGCCCCCCUCGGGGGGCCCCCCAACGGGUACUGGGGGGGCCCCCGAGCUGGGGGCCCCCCUGGGGGGCCCCGGAGCCGCGGAAAAGACGGGGAAUGCGGCGGGCGAGGUGGAAGAAAGGGAAAAGAGAAAAGAAGAAAGAGAAAGUUUGAAAGUGAACGAAGCAAGGGGGGAAAAAGAGUUAGAAACUGAAAAAGAAACAGAGGGAAUUGCUUGGUAUAGAUCUGUAGCUGGCGUUGCAUGCAUGCUUUUGGGGCUUAGUUUGUUUAUGUUGCUUUGCUUUCGCUGCUGCAUGCGCCGCGGGCGUCUCCCGAGCAGCAGCAGCAGCAGCAGCAGCGGCAGCGGCGGCGCGGCGGCGGCUGUGGCAGCAGCAGCAGCAGCAGCAGCAGCAGCAGCAGCAGCGGCGACCCGCAUGCAGCCCCAAACGCAAGACGCUGAACACAAACGCCCAGCCCCGCGCAUGCAAGGAUAUGCACAGAUUUCUGAUUUGCAUGCAAUUGACCCGGAAGCCCCAAAAGAGGGAGAAAGAGAUACUUGGUGGCAGCAAGAAGACACAGACAGUUUCCCAGCAGCAUAA